GUUUGUCGUUUGACAGUUAAAAAUUAUAGAGAGAAAUGGGAAAGUCGUGCUUCAUUUCGAAUAUUCUCUUUGAAAUUAAACAUAAACUGAAUUAAUACUGUUCGCGUAUCCUAUUAUUUUACACUUUUAUGUUAUAGUUUAGUAAAUACAGUGAAUAUUUUGGUACCAUAAAGAAGAACAGAGUGCAAUUGCAUGUUCAGAUUGACAAGCAUUGUAAGACUACCAGAGAACCAAAGAUUUUUCAAUUUUAUUUCCAUUUUUUAUAAGUACAAAAUAAGAAAACCUAAAAUAAAAAUGGAUGACUCAUUGAAUAAUAAAGACUGUAUUAUAAUACCAGAGAAUCCUGUAUUAUCCAAGAAAUAUUAUCGUCGUGCGGAACAUAGAAUUUUUGUCAACAGAUCACUGCAUUUAGAAAAUGUUAAGUUUUACGGCUUUGAUAUGGACUACACACUGGCUGAAUACAAAUCGCCGCAGUACGAAACUUUAGGAUUUAAUCUGACCAAAGAGAGAUUAGUAGCCAAAGGAUAUCCAAGCGAAAUAUUAGAAUUCGAAUAUGAUCCUUCAUUUCCAGUGAGAGGUCUUUGGUUCGACACAUUAUACGGUAAUUUAUUAAAAGUAGACGCAUACGGAAAUAUUUUAGUCUGUGUUCACGGAUUUGAAUUUUUAAAGCAUUCGCAAGUAUACGAGUUGUAUCCAAACAAAUUCUUGACCUUGGACGAAUCAAGGGUGUACGUUCUAAACACGUUGUUCAAUUUGCCGGAGACGUAUCUGAUAGCGUGUUUAAUAGACUUCUUUACAAACGCUCCUCAGUACACAAGGGAAAAAACCGGCGUAAGAUGUGGCGACUUGGCGAUGUCGUUCAAAUCAAUAUUCCAAGACGUGCGAAGCGCCGUCGAUUACGUACACAUCCACGGAGAUCUCAAGAGCAAGACGACGGAGAACUUGGAGAUGUACCUGAAGAAGGACGAGAGGCUGCCGAUGUUCCUGUCGAGGAUACGGGAGAGCGGUGCUAAGCUGUUCAUACUAACCAACAGCGAUUACAACUUUACCGAUAAAAUUAUGAACUAUCUGUUCGAUUUUCCACAUGGUGCUAAACGUGGAGAGCCGCACAGAAACUGGAAGACCUAUUUUGACUGGAUAGUGGUGGACGCGAAGAAGCCAUUGUUUUUCGGCGAAGGCACAACGCUAAGGCAGGUGGAUACACGCACUGGUGCUUUAAAGAUGGGACACCACGUUGGACCGCUACAUGAGGGCCUCGUCUAUUCUGGAGGUUCAUGCGACGUGUUCACGGAACUGAUCAGCGCUAAGGGCAAAGACGUGCUGUACAUAGGCGACCACAUAUUCGGCGACAUCCUGAAGUCGAAGAAGAUCGGUGGCUGGCGCACGUUCCUGGUGGUGCCCGAGCUGGUGCAGGAGCUGCACGUGUGGACCGACAAGUGCCAGCUCUUCGCGCAGCUGCAGAACCUCGACGUGCAGCUCGGCGACAUGUACAAAGAUUUGGACUCAAGUACAAAAGAGAAGCCAGAUAUAUCAAAGUUGCGUAUGUCGAUACGUGAUGUGACGCACAAAAUGGACCUGGCGUACGGCAUGCUCGGUUCGUUGUUCAGAUCUGGAUCCAGACAGACUUUCUUCUCGUCACAGGUGGUGAGGUACGCGGACCUGUACGCGGCGUCGUUCCUGAACCUGAUGUACUACCCGUUCUGCUACAUGUUCCGCGCGCCGGCCAUGCUCAUGCCUCACGAGUCCACCGUCGCACACGAACAGCGCUUCACCGUCGACACGCCCACUAUCGACAGGUCUCGGCAUUCGAGUGCACAGCGCAGCUACAGCGUGGUGUGCGUCGCGGAGGACACCUCCGAGGAGUGUGUCGACAACGUGGACACCUCCGAUGCAAAGGCGGCGGCGGGCGCGGCGAGCGCGGCGGGUGUGGCGGGCGCGGGCGCGGCGGCGGGCGCGGGCGCGUCCGUGCCGCACGUGCGGCCCGAGACGCCGCGCCAGCUCACGCACACGCACGACGACGACUGCUCCGACGACGACGACGUCAACAAGCACCACCCCGCCGCCUGCUAACCACCGACGAGCCACGACUCUGUCCCGACAUAUACAACUACCUAGGGAAGGAAGGGCGCGGUCUGUGAACUCCGUUUGGAGCGUAUAAAUAUAUUCUCUUGUUUCUAUAGCCCGAACGUUCUUAAAUGUCAUUUUAAAAAUCUUAUAUGCAAUUAUAUAUUAUAUCGAUACGUGUUUUUUAGUUCUGGGACACACACUAACUUCCCGUCAUUGGGGAAUUAAUAGCUAUUCCAAAUGCUCAUCGUGAUACGAAUCGUCUUUUUGUACCUACAGACCGAUUAACUAUGAACUUUAUCCGCGUCGAGUGAACAUUAUGUUUUCGGAUUUUUUAUUUUCGUUAUUUAUGUGAUUAAUUAAAAAUUAAAGUUAGCGCGGGUUUCAAAAAUCCGCAUAAAACGUCGUUAACCUGCUAACUUUGCUUAACAGGUGGUGCUCUGCUUUUUUAUACUAUCUGUUUACUCUCCUCUACCCCUAAUAGGAAAACAAUCAUUCUUGUAGACAGAAUACGAUUCAAAUAAAUGACAAACAUAUUAUUUUAUUAGCAACGCAUCUGUUAUCUACUCUUAUACUGUCUACUAUUCAGUUUGUUAAUAAAUAACCAGAGGUCACGAAGAUGCAAAUAAUAUAACGAAGGCGUACAAUUUACACAUAUUUUAAGCAGCUGUUAAGUCUAGUCUUAUAGCUAAGAUUACAGUCUUUAUUCUCUUGAUAUUAAAUGUCCGGCCACAACGAAUCAAAUUUAUACCUCGUCCGUUAAAAUCUAACGCCUGCGUACCGCAAGAACAGAGUGUAGCAAUUGGACAACUUCUGUCGGCAAGUUCGCGGUCGUCGGAGCCACUGCGCAGGCGCAUACCCUCGGCUUGAGCGCAUUCCGAAUUCAAUUAUCGAUAUCAAUCAAGUAUCGAUUAAUAAUUUUAUGGCUACACAACACAAACUCAAAUUUAUUUGUUUGAGAAAUCGAUAAGGUUAUAUAUUGGGUUGUGAUUGCUAAUUAUGCGAUCAGUGUAGUGGUUAAUGUUGUGCAAACAUUAAAUUAGUCUGUUUAGACUAAAGUUAAAAGUGAUUAUGUAUUUUAUUUGCUAAAGCGAAUGAAAACAAAUAUUGUUUUUUAUUGUUACUUUCAUUCGUUAAACAUGUUAUGUUAUUUUGAAACCGCGUUGCUAUUUGUUUUAUUCAAUUAUCUAUCUGACAGAAUCGAAUAUGGUAUAAAAUGAUUGCUAGAAGAAAAUAAAUGUGAAGUGGAAAUUUAUAAAUAUUAAUUCUUGAUUCUUUUUUUUAUAUGGUUUUCUGUCAAUGAAAGAUUCAAAUGGAUGAUAGAAUAGAACAGGGAGCGCGAAUAAAUAUUAUAUUUAUGUUGAUAAUUUAAGAUGAAUAAAAAAUGAAUACUAUACAUUAAAUAUAAUAUUGUGAAGGUUGAUAUUAUGUAACCCUAACCUUUUUUACACAGAACUAAUUUUUGUGUACUAGUACUCGGAAGUAAAAUAGAAUUAGUUGCUUUACAAACAUACACAAUGUAAUAUUAAGUAAAAGAAACAAAUAUUAUUUUCAAAAUUAAAGAUCUGAACAUCCAAAACAAAUUAUGUCUUUUGUUAUCUUGAUGUUCACAAGAUUUUGGUGCAUUUUUUAUGCUAUUUAAUGCACCUUUGGUAUCCUAUACUAAUACCAUGUCUUAUGUUAACAUGCUUAUUGUAUUUUAGAAUUUUUCCACGCCGAUCUAUGAAACGUAGCGCACCAUUCCUUAAAAUAUAUAUUCCAUAGCAUCAAACGCUGUUACAUUAUGAAAAAUGCAACUUUAGUCAAAAUAUAUUUUAUGGAUUAUUUAGUUGUGUAAUGUAGUUAUUUCGACACAGUUGAACAAAAUGUACAAAUGGUGUUUUAAAAUAAUUGUAACUUUUUCUUCUGGAAGAUUCCCGUUUUGAGUAUUAUGUAGCUCUGUCGAGCGCGGUGUUUACGGAUGUUUUGUGUGUAAGAAACCAUGCGACGUAGGUAGGCAUGUACAGUUACAAGAUAUUACUUGUUAUUUGUAGGUAUUUUUUGUAUCAGUGCAAUAGAUAUUCCAUUUUUUACCUAAUAACACAAACAUAGAAAA